UGAUCUCGAUAAAGUGACACCAGAGCUGGUCGGAGCCAAAGCCAACACCUACGUCCUUACCAAGACUCUGGCUGAGUCUAUCGUUGCCGAACAAGGCCGGGGCCUUCCACUCGUCAUCGUCCGGCCUUCGGGUGUUUCCGCGUCCUGGAAAGAGCCAUUUCCGGGCUGGGUGGAAGGACUAAGCGGAGGAAACGGCGUGAUUGCUUCGGCGCUCACAGGUCUGGUGUCAACCGUUCUUGCGGACAAAACUGCAGCCAUGGAAAUCGUUCCAGUGGACGUAGUGACCAAUGCGCUCAUUGUGGCAGCUUGCCAAGCAUCACAUGACGAGAGAAGAACGACUCAGGAGCAGCUGAGACAGCAUCCGCGGGUGUACAACUGUACAAGUGGCAGCAUCAACAAGAUUUUGUUCAGCAAAGCUGAACGACUCACGACCGACCUGGCGCGCAAGCACCCUCCCAAAACCUCCUUAGGUCGCCCAGGGAUUAAAAUGACGACAAACCGAAUCUACAAAGACGUCGCAGUUUUUGUACGCAACUACAUUCCGGCUUUCUUCUUUGACCUUCUCGGGCAAAGAACCGGCCGGAAAGAAAGGUAG